GCUUAUAUGCAGCCCGGCAGUGGAGUUUAUACAGUGGGUGAUUUCAUGACUACGAAAGAGGAUUUGCAUGUUGUAAAACCUGCAACUUCUGUAGAUGAAGCUCUGGAAAUUCUUGUGGAAAAGAGAAUUACAGGUUUUCCUGUGAUUGAUGAUGACUGGAAAUUGGUUGGUCUUGUUUCAGAUUAUGACCUCCUAGCAUUGGAUUCUAUAUCAGGUAUGCUAAAUUCAUCAAAAUCAUCUUUUUGUGUCAAAUCUCCUCAGAAAAGUCUCAUAGGUUUUGGCUUUUUCUCUUUCAUAUGCUCUGUGUUUAAUCAGUAUUACUGUUUAUUUUUAUUUUUAUGUUCUGCUGGGAAUCAGUAAUACUUUUUAUGAAUUUUUUAUA